AAAUGGAUUUAAUUUUUUCCUCCCAUAUCCCAGAAGUAAAGGCAAGUGUUAACUGAAUUACUUGCAUAAAAUUUUGGCAGUGAUGUGCGUUUUAAGUUUGCAAAAUUAAUGAACGAGAAUCAAACAGAAUCAAGUUGUCCAAGUUGCAGCCAAAACACUUUGAUUCAGCAGAUUUUUUUUGGAUGAUGUUUACCUUUUGUUUUCCCUUCUAGUGAGUGAUAUAGGCUUACAUCAGGAUUGAAAGAUGGCAUUUAUAGAUGAUCCAGAAUUUGUUAUUGCUCAUAUUCGACACUCAUGUGUCGUGACAGAUGAAACAGGUAAUUCAACAAUGUCCACAAACCAAAUUCCCUUUCUGCUCAACAAGUAGAUUCUAUGUUGUCAUCUGUCUGUUCAGUAAUAGAUCACAGAUGACUUCAAAAUAUGGUAAGAAAAAAAAAAGUGGUACAUGAGACGAGAAUGUCAAUGAUGUUCUUACGACAUUUUGUCUGCUGUGAUGUCUUACUGUACAGACCCGUGGCAACAUAGAAUUUUUGUUAUUGAUAACAAAGCAAAAUUGUGUUAAUAAUGAUGUCAUCUAUGUGUCUGUCCCUCUAUAGAUCAUAAGUAAGAACCGAUCAAAAAAUGUAGAAAAAAAAACCAGAUUAUAGUCACUAAUCUGGUUCCAUGGACAGAUACCCAGCCAUUGAUGAGCUUUGUUGGGAACUGGCAAGGGUGGCAGGAUGACAAAAUCCAAAAUUAAUCUUAUUUCUUAAUCAAUAUACACAGUAGCUCAACACUUUAUCAGAGAAUUUGAUUUAAUGGUCAGAUUCUCUUCUACUGUACAGGGAUGUGUGAACAAGUAAUUAUAAAUGAAGAGUUUGAAAAUGAAAAAGCUAUCAAGCACCGCAAGAGAAUCAUUGGAAAAUACACAGUUGAUAGGUGUGUAGACUCAAGCUUACAGUAUUUCUUUGAAAUUUAAGUUGUAAGGGGAUCACCAGUCAUUUUCUUAAGAAUGAGAUUGAUGAUAAUGAAUAGUAACUGGGAGCAUCAUUUUUGUCUUGAUUGUCACAGUUGUCACCACUAUUUUUGUCUGGGCUUUUGGUAGUUGGCCUAUUGCGUUGAUAAUUUUUCUUGACAGAACACUUUGGCUUUUGCUGUUUAACUACCAAGACCAGAUUGUUGAUUCUCCCCUCCAGCGGUUACACAUUUACUUAAUUAAUAUGAAUUAGUUAUAAGAAUUUGGUGUUAGAUCAUAAUAACUUUUACCUGACAAGUUUGAGUAUUCUCAUCACUUGUUUGCUGCAUAGUGUUUGGAUGUUAUUGGGAGAAGUGAUUAACAUGUAACUUCUCCCUAUAAUAUCCAUACAUUAUCCAGCAAACAAGUUGUGAGAAUACUCAAACUCAUCAGGUACAAGAUAUUACCUUGAUCAAACACCAAAUUCUCACAACCAAUUUACAAAGAAAUGUGUAGCACUAGAGAGGAGAAUUAACAAUCAGAUCUGGGGAGUUAAAGGGUUAAUUGAAUUUAAACACUAACAAGGUGGUGUUAAUUUGAGGGUAGCUUUGAUUUGAGAGUGGGAAUCAUUUCAAAAUCAUGUCAUUUAAAUCAUCAACAAUAAUUUAUGAUAGAACAAUGGUCAAACUCAUUGGUAGUGCUUAAAGUGGAAAGUUAACAUGUUUUAAGUUAUAAAAUGAAUAAAGGGGUAAGUUUCUAAAGAAACUGUGGUGCUGUGUCAGUGGGAGAGUAUAGCAGGUAAUUUAGUGUUAACAACUGAGUUGAAAACUUAAAUUAGCCACCGUAAAGGGUAAAAAAGCUGACUUUUCAAGCGUUAGCCCUUCAUCAGUAACCCCAUCGUUGCUCUGACAAAGGGCUAACGCUAGAAACAUCAGCUUUUUUACCCUUUACAGUGGCUAAUUUAUGUUUUCAACUCAGUUGUUAACACUAAAUUACAUGUUUUAAGUUGUGUUAUGCUGUUUUGAUAAUUAUAAAUUUUCAGGGAUGAUAUAGAUAGUUGUAUUCUACUUGUUAUUUUCUUCUUAUUCUCAUCAAAUUAAUAUUAGUGGCAUUUUUCUGAGUGGGUGUCUAAAUGUAUUGUUUAUUCAAAGAUGGUAUUUGUAGAUAAGUGCAGUAUUAAGUUAGGAGGUGGCAUUAAAUUAAGUUACUUACAGUGUUAGUGCUUUUCACAUCUAUCCAGACUGCUCUUUACAACAGUUUUUGUUCUUUUUUUUUUCCAGAGAUUCUUUUGAUUUUCCAAGUUAUCCUCAAUCAUUUGACAUUGCCGUCAGCCCUGGAAUUAGCAGAAACUCCAAGUCGCAAGGAAAGGGUGAUAGAAGUAGAAGAGAAAAGUGUGUUACUUUCACUUCCUUACCAUUCAGAGUAGUUUUUAACCCUUUAACUCCCAGAUCAAAUGUGUAAUCCUCCUUACUGUCAACCAUACAAUUCUUGUAAGGUUAGUUCAGAGAAUUUAGGAUUGGAUCAACUAAUUAUCCCCAAAUUGAUAUAUUUUGUUGUUCUCAUCACAUAUCUGGUUGAGAUUGUAUUGAUAUUGUCAAGUAAAAUUCUGUCAUGGUCACUGAUGAGUGUAGGAAAAUGAAAACCAAAGUAAUCACAACUACCAAUCAGAACAAAGGUUAACAUCAUAAAUUAUGAACCCUUCACACUCUAACAUCAGUAUUCAUAUUCUCCAUACUGUUCUCUGUAGAUUUACUAAGGUGCUGACAAGGGGAAUUUAUCUGAUAAUCAAGAGUUUCUUUAGUUGGUGAUCAUUUCCUACAUUCUCAUGACAUUAAUGUGUGCUUCAGUGGUGAUAGUGUAAGGAGAAAUUAGAUGCUAAUCACUCUAAGGGUCAAAGGGUUAACCACUGAGAACUCAAAGUAAAAACAGGUUAACUGCCUGAAGUGCAGGAAAAUGUAUUUGUCCAAGUUGAGAUUGGUUUUUAGUUUUGCAUUUGAUUGAUUGAGAGAGAGGCAUAGCCAAGUUUUCUUGACAAAUCACAGAAUUAGGUGAAAGAAAACCAAAGCAAUCAGGGAUUACUUUGAAUAUUCAAUUGAAAACUGCUUUUUGUCAACUGUACAUGAAAUAAAUAUGUUACCAUAGUCAUGCCCCCUCAACCAUUUAACCCCUAAGAGUGACGCACAUCUUAUUUCUCCCUACAAUAUCAGCCCUGAGUCACACAUUGAGGUCAUGAGAAUAAAGGAAAUGAUCACCAACUAAGUUGUCUUUACAAGACUAUUUUGAUUAACUUUUAUUAAAUGUAUUUAUUUUAAGAAAUGGAGAAGUUAGGUGCACAACAGUUUCAUGGAAGGAAGGACAGAAGAAUGCUAUGAGUGGUAUGACAUUUUUUGAUAAUUUUAGUCUAGAAAGUACAAAAUGCGUGGAUCAAAAUAAUUUAUAAGAUUUAAUAAUUAUUAAAUAUUAUGAUUGUAGUUUGUAAUAUAUGAUAUCAAUUCAAAACUAGGGCUUAUGUUUUGUUGUUACAGUUGGUGUCUCCCAGAGUCAUGUUCAAACUUGUUUUUCUUCGGAUCAAACUACAUUUUAUUUGUCAUACAUGUGAACACUUUGGUUCUGACAGAAAUUUUGAAAUCAGAAAUUUUUAAAAAUCAUAUAAUUAAGUAAAAAGGUAAAGAGUGCAUUAGAGCAAGGAGUAUCAGUGCUCCCCUCUGGAUGUGGUGCCAGUCCAUCACAAGCUUUUCAUCAGACUUCUCUGACAAUUGUAGACAAAAAAAGAAUUCUACUGAAUUUCUUUUAAAGCUUUUAGAUCUGAAAUCAGAUUUCACACUAACCUUAAGUUAUCUUAACCCAUCUUUGAACAGCCCACCCCCCUAGGUGUAUAGAGGCACUGUGAGAGUUAAAUGUUUCACCAAAAAACACAACACAAUGACCCAGCUGGUCUCAAACCCAGACCUCUCAAUCCAGAGUCCAGCUCAUUAACAAUCAGGCCACUCCAUCUCCCACUAAAAUAAAACAGGCUGGGCUAGAUUAUUAAAGGUGGACUACAUCUCUUUUUUCCAGAAGAAGAUCUGUCUAAAGUUUUUGCCAAACGUGAAGUAAAACCAGUUAAAAAUAAACCAGUGGCAGUUUCUCAGCUCAGCAGACAACUGGAGGAAUCUCGUGGUAAACCAAAUAAUCCAUUCCUGGAGUAUUCCAAAUUCGAAGGAGAGGUGAGAAGGGAUGUAACCCUUAAAGUUGUCAUAGUAACCUCUAUUAGUGUCCACAUUCUCUGUGUGUUUAUUAAGAAACUAUUCUCCUGAAACAGAAGUCAAUUUUUUUUUCAGGCUUUCCAAGGAACUUGUACCAAAAAACUCAAGAUAUUUUUAACUAUGCUACCAGAGGUAUUCAUGAUCAAUAUAAUUACGUAGAUUGUAUAACCUCAGUUAUGACCUCAGAGAUAAACAUAUAGGAGAGGACUUAUUUAACAAGAUUUUGAUUAAAAUUAAGUUAAACCUUAAACUUGUGAGAUUAUUGAUUUUCCCCCAGCCACCACUCAUCUUCUUGUAAGUUAGUUUCAGGAAUUUGGUGUUAGAUCAUAUGAAGAUAAAAAUUUCUACCUGAUAAGUUUAAAUAUUCUCGUUACCUGUUUGCUGGUAAUAUAGGAAUAUUGAAGGGAAAAGUUACAUGUUUAUCACUUCUGGGAGUGAACAGAAUCUGUUGUGCAUAUUAAAUGUCUUGUGCAAUGAUUGAUAGUUUGAACUGAGUCGAAAUUCAAGAAAUAAGUGAUCAUUAUGAGAACUAACUUGAUAUUUUUUUUAAUGCUUAAUUCUGCAGGAAGAAAGAGCCAUGCCAAUGAUUGUCACAGUGUUAGGUAUAAAACAAAUAUGCACAAAAGAUGAUACAUUGUCAUAAUUAUUCUUUUAAUGGCAGAGAUGAAGAUUAUGUGAUUGCACAGAGCUGAUUUUUUUUUUUAACUUCUCAACUUGAACAGGAAGUGCCUGUGUACAGGACUUAAUAGGACUUAUCUUGUACAAGUAUACAAACCAGGGAUUACAGCCUCCACUCAAGGUACAAAAUGUUAGCUGUGAUGUGGCCCUAUUCAAACAGUCAUGAUAAUAGGCCAUUUUACAGUUGUGUACUUUGUUGCCAAGCCUUUGAUUUGGAGCAAUGCUGAAGGUGACCAUGUCGUGAUAUAGGCCAGUAUCUAGUUAGCAUGAUAACAAAGUAAUUUGCAUUUGAAAAAGCAGCAAGGUUUGUAUCAUAACAAGGUCAACCUUAGCCUCACUCCUGUUCAAAGGCUUGGCAACCAAGCACACAACUUUAAAAUGGAGUAUUGGUGAUGGUUUCAACUGUCAUGCACUAUCAUCAACUAAAUGUAUCAUGUAGUUUGGACAUGUUCAAAUUUGACAUGAUAGUUGAUGAUAGUUUUUGCUGUUUGAACGAGUGGGUGAUAGUGAAAGAUAGCUCUUCAGUUAGCAGUUUUGCUAAAAAACAGGUUCAAACUGGAAUUGCAAAUUAUAAAAUGACUUACUUAAUAGCUAACAAAAUUUUGCAGAAUGUCUCUCAGGUCAUUCUCAUCAUCUUCUGGAAGGCUUCAGUAUCUUCAACUUGCAACUUCUUGACUAAAAUUUCAAAUACCACCAAAUUUGCUGACCUCAGUGCACGCCAUAUUUGUUUAUAAUUACACACUUUCAUUACAUGAUUUUGUCAACUAUCAUGAAGUGUUUGAAGGCAAACAUGAGAGUCUAUGAUGAGGAAUGAAAAAUGAAAAUAUCAUUGACUGUCAUCAACUAUCAUGACCCUAUGAAAGGGGCUUUAUUGUAGAGGACGGUCACUUUUGGACAUUAUCCAUUUUUACUGAGGAACAUUAGUGAUAGCAAAGUACAAUUUACUGGUUUGUUGUCCAAAGGAAAUGAAACAUUUCUUUCUUAUAUCGCUUUUCAGAAUGAUGUCAAAUCUUUUUGUUUGCAUAUGGCUGAGGACGAUGGGGAAGUUGACACUGACUUUCCAGGUACACACAUGCCACACAUUUAUUUUCCACUACUGAACCAUUUCAGGACUUAGGAUUAGGAUUUAACAAUAGGAUGCACAAUGUUGAACAGGGCCAAAAUAAAGACAGAAAGUGGAAUUUCAAAAUGGCUGCACUGAAUGAUCCCAACUUUGGUUUUGUUUCAUUUUUUUUAGGCUUGAUUUUUAAAUCAACCAACUUUUAAGCACAAUGCUUCAUUUUUGUUUCUUUGCUAACAUGUCAAGUGUGUUAACCUUUAUUGUUUGAUAAUUAUUAUUCGGUGUUUGUGUGUUUUUUUCUCCAAUUUUUGUUGUAUUGUAGCUCUGGAGAACAAGGAGCCCAUCACGAAAUUUUUUUUCAAUUGUCUGGCUUUGGUUCAGGUAACCUAGGAAAAAAAUGACAUAUUCAAUACAAGUAGUGUAUACUAGUCUAGUGUUUUGAUAGCUUUUAUCCAAGCUUGCCUUUCUUGAUGUAUAUCACAAAGCAUAGACUUUCCCCUUUGUUUCUGGUUUUGCCAAUUAGAUGCUUAAAAAAAGCCACAUUAUUUUUCCCAGCUAAGUAUAUACCUCGCUAAAACUCAAGAGGCUCAAGAUUGUCUGCUUUGUUCCCUCCCAUAUAUAAUUAUAUAUCCUUCCCCUUUUCCUCCAUUCCCCACCCCUCCUAGGUUUUUCUGGCCCUCCCCUCUGCUCCCUCUUGAUUCUCCUAUCUCUUUUUCCCCUCAGGAUUGUCAUUCCCCCCCCCACCCUCCCAUCUUCCCCCUCUAUCCCCUUUGAAUUCCCCAUAAUUGUAUUUAUAUAAUAAGCUCAGUUAUGUGCGCAUUCUGAUUGGUUUUUACUUAUGAUCUAUUGGAGGACAGAUGUAUAGAUGACGUCAUCAUUAACACCUUUUUAAAUUCUAUAUUAUAUAAAACAAAUAGAUUCCAAGUUGUCGUGCAUCUGUUCAAUAAUAGACCACAGAGGACGUCAAAAUGUGGUAAGAACAUCAGUGACACACUCAGCUGCGCCUCGUGUGCCACUUUUUUGUUCUUACCACAUUUUGACAUCAUCUGUGGUCUAUUACUGAACAGACGCAUGGCAACUUGGAAUCUAUUUGUUAAAUAGACAAUUUCAUUUGUUAAUUUUAUUGGCCAGAGUAAAUUGAUUCAGCCCUUGAACUGUAAUUUUUAAACCUCUAUAAUCUAUCAAUCAAGCUUUCUUUUUUCAUCAUUCCCCUUCUCCUUCUCCCCUCAGGAUUGUCAGUUUCCCCCUUGCCUGUCACCUCCCCCCUCUAUCCUCUUAUUGUCCUUCCCCCUCCCUCCAAGAUUGAUAGGAUUUGUUCCCUAGUCCUAGUCCUCCCCCCCCCCACCCAUUCCCCCUUUUCAAGAACUAAAUGGAUUGAUAGGAUGGUAAUCACUGUGUAAUAACAUGGAUUAAAAUAUACUAAAACAGCAGAUAGCUUUUAAGGCACACUCUGAUUGGCUGCUUCAUCUCAGAAUAUCCUUUGCCAUUCACCUCUGAGCAACUUGUGUAGGAUUUGCAUCCAAAAUUAUUGCAAUUUCUGCAGGAAUAAAUGACAAGUUAAAAUCAUCUUUACAAUCUGUAUUAUCUCACUGUUUAAGUACUAUAUACUAAACUAACCACUUACCUCAGUGUUGGUGGCCAGUGGUGAAUAUUUACGGUGCCACUGCAUAGGUCAGUAAAUAUCCACCACUAGUCACCUCCACUUUGGUGAACAGCAGUUAAUUAUCAGAUUUUUUUGUCAAAUGUGUUAAAAAACCAUUGGGAAGUACCCUAUACGAAGUCUAAUAAUGUUAUACAUUGUACUCUAACUCUUUGCUGAUCAUUACUGACAAUUUCUAGAAAGAUGCCAGUCCUGCUAAACCAACUCCUCCAAAACCUUCUGCAGGGAUCAUAGUAACAGUGUAAGCUCAAAUGUUUUUUAUUAAUAAUCUUUCACCCCCAGGAGUGAUCAAAAACAAUUUCUCUUUAAAUAUUCCAGAAAUAUUUCUAGUGCUUAAGGUUGUGUGAGUCAGUUUCAUGCUAAAAUUCUCACAGCAGUGCUAGAGAUGACACAGUAGUGACAGUGUUCACCUUGUGCCUUAAAUUGUGGCCCAGGUGUGAUUCCCAGGCCUGACUUAACAUGUGGGUUGAGUUUGCUGUUGAUUUCAUCCUUGCUCCAAUGGUUUUUCUCAAGGUCCUUUGGAUUUCCUCCUUUCACCAAAACCAACAUUCCAAAUUCCAACUCUACCUGAAAACAGUGGACAAGAAGAGCCACCUCGGGGAAUGUUCACUGCUGAUUAAAAGUGCCAUUAUUGUAACAGUUAUCUUUUAUUUCUCACUUCACUCUUACUACUAACUCAUUUAAAAACUGAAACUAAUUCUUUUUAAAGAUUACAUAAUAAACUUCUGCAUUAAGCAGUCACCUGUGUUAAGCAGUCAGUUUUCAAAGUCCUGAAUGUGUUUCCGGUUAAUCACUGUUAUUUUCAUCUAUAUUUAGUGGUCACCUCUAUGUAGCAGUGGCAGUCACCCUUUACUAAGUCCCAAAGGCUUGCUUGUAUUGUCUUCCACCUUUAGUGAACUAUCACCAGACCUAUAAUGCCCCUAAUCUGUGAAACCUGUCUUGAGCAGUCAACCUGUUUUUUAACCCCUUACACCCUAACAUAACAUUCUCCAUACUGUUCUCUGUACAUUUACUAAGGUGCUGAUAAGGAGAAUUUGUCUAACAAUCACGAGUUUCUUUAGUUGGUGGUCAUCUCCUUUAUUCUCAUGACAUUAAUGUGUGAUAUAGUGGUGAUAUUGUAAGGAGAAAUGAGAUGCGUAUCACUCUUUGGGGUUAAAGGGUUAAGCCGUAAACCCACCAUUUCCCAUAAGUGACUGCUUAAUACUUGGUCCGCUGCAUUUGCCUUUCCAGUAAUGAGCCCCAGCAUGGCUUUUCAAGAGUGAAGGUGGACAGCAUGAAUGCAAAGAUGAAACAAGUCUAUGAAAAAAUGGUCAAAAAAAGAGGAUUGAGAAGAACAGGUUUGAAAAUUUAUUAUAUGCUCAAUGUCUGCUCCUGAGGGAAACAGUUUCGUUUUUUCUCCACUCUCAAUGUUUCCUCAAGAUGAAGUCAGGGCAGGCAAAAAUAGGACUUGAUGGAAAACAAAACUUACUGUUUCCCUCUGGAGCAGACUUGAAGUGUUUUUUCAUUCUUACAGCAAGCCAACAUAACGUAGUAAACAUUCAAGCAAAAAAUGAGUGUUAUUGUUAAUGACAGUGCAACUUUGUUUCUUGUAAACACUGCAGAUGUACUUUUGAAGAACUGUAUUUUCAGAGGCCUUUUGCUCCAUCACUUUUUUUAAUCACUGGCUGCUUCCAUUGUGUUUUAAGAACUAGUGGAGUCUAGCAACAAACUAAUGUUGUCUGGAUUUGCUGAGAAGUUCAGAGAAGAGAGUUUUAAAAAUAUUCCGCAAGAAUCAGAUCAUCAACCUAAGCCACAUUCUUCUCAUGUCCAAAAUCUGGACGUUGGUUGCUUCAUUAAAUGUAAUAUGCUCAGGAUACAACUUUUGAUAUCCUGUCAAAAUUGUAUAUUGAAUGGUAUACAUCUUAAAUUUAUGUGGGGCCAUGUGAUUGCUAAUCAGCCAAUCCAAAUUGUGUUUAGAACAAGGGAAAUUGCAGAACCCAAUGUUAAACUUUCAAUAGUUUUUUUUCCUUUCUUCUGAAGCCAGUCAGUUGGUCAGAAUCUUAAAGUCAUGAAUCUUAUUGGCUAAAUACCCAAUAAUCUUCAAGAAGAUUCACUGCUCUUUUAGGCAGAUUAUUUACUAAUGUAUUGAGUAAUUCUAAUUCUUCAUUAUCUUUCCUCUUUUUUUUAACUCAGCAAAGGAAUAUGUCUUGGAAAAACAGACAGAGCCAGGAGUUCCCAUAAGUCUUGAUGCAACUCUAGAAAGCAUGGGAACAAUGGAAUUCUGUCUGGUCAGAUUUGGCCGUAAGUAGAUUUUUAUUAGCUGACUUUCGUUUAAUUUAUAAGUAUUACAAGUUUACAGUAGCUUUUUUUAAAAAUCCAUGCUGGCAUUACUGGUAGUUCUUGAAAUCUGACUGUCUCACAACAGUGCAAUCUGUAAUGCAAUUGUACUUCUCUUACCCAGAAUUGCAUCUUUAACCAUUUACAUUUUACUCUUUAACUCCUAAGAUCUGAAUGUUAAUUUUCCUUUCCUGCUGCUAUACAUUUCCCCAAGUUGUAAAUUAGUUGGAAUAAUUUGAUGUUAGAUUGAGAUAGCAACUUCUACCUGAUAAGUUUGGGUAUUCUCAUUACCUGUUUGCUGGUGAAGAUAUUAAUAUUUUAGGGAGAAGUUACAUGCUAAUCACUUCUGGGGUUCAAGGAUUAAGUUUACUUAAAAACAAAUUGCCAGAUUGGUUUAAAAAGAUAAAUAAAUGGCACUUACCCUAAUCCUAUUUUGACAAUAAAUUGACUGUGUAAUUUUAAAACAAAUGUGGUAAAGUCGCAUUUAAACUUUGUGUAACACAACUUGGUCUAAAAUUUAAAAAAAUGGGAUUAUGUUGAUUGAAGAAGCAAUUCAGCUUUUUGGUUGAUAUUGCAGGAAAACGAAAUCAUGGGGAAGAAAAGGAAGAACCCAAUAAACAGUUUCAGGUUUAUACAUAUUAUACAUACAGGGUAAGUGUUAUACAAAAUUAUUCACAUUUGUUGGUUAACUUGAAGCUUCAAUAUCCCCACCACCCUGGAAACUUAUGGACAUUUGUCUGUUGUCCCUGGCAGGGGGAAAUUUAAACCAGUAGAAUACACAAGGAAUUUAAACCAUUGAAAAUUAUUUUGAUUAGACAUCCACAAUGAUACAUGGAAAAAAUUGUAUAAUUGGGUAAAUUGACCUCCUUUAAAACUAUAUUUCUACCGAAUAUACCCAGAAUCCAUAUUUUGCACAGAUAUUUUGAUCACUUUUGUGACAGAAAAAAAAUUAUUAUUUAAAUCCUCAGUCAUACAGAGUCAGUAUGCUGCAGAAGCUGAGGACUGUGACAGAGAUACAACUGGGUGAGUUAUUCACAGAUAUUCAGUAUGUUGCUUUUUUAUCAUUGAUUUUCACCUAAUAAAUAUUAUUAUUAUUAUACAUUAGACUUACUAUAAAAACUGAGAUUGGUCAAGAGAAUCCAAUUAAUAUUCAAUAAGCUGUGAAGUUGACCAGACAAAUGCAAUAUCUGCAGCUGAUUUUGCAUUUAUCAUGUCAAGUUUAAAGUCUGCCUAGUUUCCAAGUCCCUCCUCCUUGCAUUGAAGUGUUCACAAACUCAGUGUCUUCUUCAGCAAAUUGUUUAAAAAAUGUAUUAUUGAUCAAAUAAUUAUUGAAUUCCCAUCCCCCUCCCCUCCCUCCCCCCCUCCCCCUUUCCCCCCCCCCCAUCCCCUCCCCCUCCCCUCCCCCCCCCAUCCCCUCCCCAUCCCCCCCAUCCCCUCCCCCAUCCCCCUCCCCCAUCCCCCCCCCAUCCCCCUCCCCUCCCCCCCCCCCAUCCCCCCCCCCCAUCCCUCCCCCCCCAUCCCCUCCCCCCCCCCAUCCCUGCAGUUAAUGGGGAGUGCUCUUCCUACUGCACCAUUCCUUUUCCUUGUUUUAUUUUUUAUUUUUCUUCCUUUGUAUUGCAUUUGAUUCCUAUAUUCAUCAUUUUCUCUCUAUUACCCUCUAGGAGUUUCUCUUGAGAAGAUAGAGAUUGAUCCAGUACUACAACCAAAGUCAGCAAAGAAGUUUUGGGGGAAGCAAAAAUUUGUAAGUAUUAUGAUCACAGUACAUGUAACGAACGCACUUGCAAAUUUCAAAACGGUUACACAAAUCAUACAAUUAAUUCGUAACCAGUGGUUUCUGAAACACGAUUAAUUUAAAUAAAAUUACACUACAGCCAACUACGGACAACAAUGAUUAUGAUCACAAAGCAAAACAUGAAAUGGCAAAAGACAACACAAAACAUACCUGACAGUUUGGAUAGAAGGAGUACACCAGAUGCAGUAAAGAAACAAUCAUAGCAUGACAAACUGCAUAACAUUACUGUUCUUUUGGUGCAAAAAUUUCAAUAUAUGUACAUGGAUGCAAGGGGACUGAAGCCUAAUUUGCAGAUAAACUGCUGGCCCUUAAAUUUGUUGUGAAAAUGCAUCUGUUCAAAGUGGGAAAGAAUAUUUUUAGGAUAGCUGCAAAAAAAAAAAAAAAAAAAAAAAGAAGGGCUCCCACAGUAUUUUGCCAGCAUGUUACUCAAUACAAUAUCAAACAGACGAGUGACAAGGAUAAAGAAAAAAAUAUCAAUGAGGGGAUUAUUAGUUGAUCCAGGGCCAAAUUCUCUGAAUUAACAUCAUAAGAAUUGUAUGGCAGACAGUAAGGAGAAUUACUAUUGAAAUCAUGAGAGUGAAAGGGUUAACUGACUCAAGUUCUCUUUCCAGGUAACUCUCUCUCCUUUUACUCUUUCCUUUUAAUACUAACUUGUAAAACUAUCUUUUCUUAUUUCUUAAGACUUCAAUAGAUAUGGAAAAUGUGGUUGCUUGUGACCCAGUCGAAGUGAAGAGUAAUGGCAAAUCGGUGUUCAGAAUAGUUUACUUCAGUCAAAAUGCACAUGAGUUUAAACAUUAUGACUUUGAAACCGAGGCUGAUGACGCUGGUGAGACAUUUUCUGUCCUUUCUUUGCAUAAUUUUUCAGGAAAAAUCUGUCACUGGUGUUUGAACCAAACACAAAAUGCUCACUAUAUUAUGGACCUAGAAAUGGUCUAUAGGGAGUAAGUUUGUAAAGAAACUGUGGUGCUGUGUUAUUGAAGGGUAUUACAAAAUAAUUUGGUGUCAUCAAGUGGGCUAAUAUUGUGAACUGGCCAUCAUAGAGAUACUCUCAAGCUAAUGUUUCCACUGUUAGCCUUACAUUAUUUGCUCUGACAUAGAGCUAACACUUGAAAACUUCUCUUAGAAUCUUUCUAUGUGGCCAAUUCAUGUUAUCAACUCUGGUGAUAAAACCAAAUUUAUCAAGAAAUAGCCUUACCCUCCAUAGACACUCUGUUGCUCAGUAUAAGAGCAUCGGAGUACAGAAUAUGAAGGUCCAAAGGUAGAUUUCUCGUGGAGACUAAGUUUUGGUCUUCAUACCACACUCAUGAAAAGUAAGACAAAAAACUAUUUUUCUCAUGGUACUGUUGCUGUUUGUAGUUUGGUUAACUGAAAACUGUUUGGCAUUAUCCAUCAAACACAGUAACAGUAUGUAAAUCUUUCUGGUGUUGGUGUAUGUUCAUGGGUUUUUUCCUGAGUUUCCUUGUCAAGAGUAUUUGAGAUAUUUUAUGCUUAAUAGCAAGUUGAUUACUAUCCCUACCAGUUUUCUAAUGGCUGAAUGUAACCCUUUGCUCCCUAACAUAUAUAUUUUCCAUACUGUUCUCUAUACAUUUCCUUAAGUGCUGACAAGAAGAAUUUGUUGAACAAUCAAGAGCUUGUUUAGUGUUGGUGAUCAUUUCCUUCAUUCUUUUGACCUUAAGGUUUGAUUCAGGGAUGACAUUGUAAGGAGAAAUUAUACGCUUGUCACUCUCAGGCAUCAAAGGGUGAAAUGAGUGGAGAACAAUUUUUCCUCAAUGUAAGAGUAACUUUUUUUUUUUUUCCGCAGGGGAAAUUGUGGAACAGGUCAAUCACAUUAUCAAGUCCAACAUGAGUGGAAAAAGAUCAGAAUACUUGUCAUCAAAAGAGAGAAAAUCUGAUAAAAGAAGAUCCUUAAGAUGA